AUCGUAAAAAUUUCCAAAAAUUAAAAGCGAGAUGAAAAAAGGAUGGAUCUUUCACGCUACAGACUUUCAAACUUUGAUGUAUCCUUGUUUUAUGAUAUGCCGCAUUCUUGGAAUAUUUCCAUAUAAAAUUAAUAAUUCAAUCUUCGUGAUUUCAAAACUGUACUACAUUUUAUCAACAGUACUUAUCAGCGUUUUAUGCAUGCUCGAACUGGAAAAUUUCUAUCAUUUAAAUGUUUUUACAAAGGCCGAGUUUGAGGUCAUUACCUUGUCUUUGGAGAAUAACUGCUACAUUAUAUUGAUUAUUUCUAUAAUAAUCAUCACGUUCGUCUUAAGCAGUUCCCGAAUGCGUUUACUCCAGACUAUAAUGGAUAUCUCUGUGAAAAUAUCUCCGCAAUCGUACCAGGAACUAUCCAAAUUAAUUCAUGCCAAAGACAUCUUUGGAUUCUUGUUUGUUACUAUUAUAAUUUUUAUAUACAUCCACAAAUAUGGAUUUGAAACAUUGCAACUAAUAUUUGGAAUAUACUCGGUUCUAUUAGUCUUUCAGAUAAAUAUGUUGUACAUAAACUGCGUUUGUAUAUUAAAAACUUGUUUUAAGGAAAUUGAAAACAGUCUUCUAUAUAUUAAAAAACUCGUAGUAAACGAUAAACUAUAUGCUCCUAAAACAAUUUACUACAAACAGAAAAAUCCAUUCCUGAUAAUAAAGCUUAAAACUAUGAAAGAGCAACAUCUGAUGAUUAGCAACACAGUAAAAAAGCUAAACGUGAUCUUCAGUCCACAACUUCUUCUUACAAUAACAAUAACUUUUGGUGCAACUAUUUUUGGACUGUAUUUCCAUUUAGUGCAAUGGCAUAAUGGGUUUGUCAUUAAUAAAGACGGUUAUUUCAUAUAUUUAACAUUCAUAGUGCAUCAUGUUACAAAAAUGGCGUUACUUAUGUGGGCUUGCGAAACUGGCAAGAAUCAAGCUCGAAAUAUCGGUACUACAAUUCAUGACGUACUUAACAAUACCAAAAAUAAACAAAUAAAAAAUGAGUUGCAGUUGUUUUCCUUGCAAAUACUGCAUCUCGAUAAUACAUUUUCCGCUAAAGGUUUUAAUGUGGACGCAGCGUUUUUCGCUAGAGUGAGUAAUUUCCUUGCUUUAAUUAAUAAAAUGUUUCUUGUAAAUUUUUUUAUCUUGCUUUCAGAUGAUAGGUACCAUAACAACAUAUAUGUUCAUUUUACUACAAUUUUUCAUCAUAUCACAUUCUUGCGAUGAAAAGUCGAAAAUCAAUAUUACACAAAUGAAGUAAU